UGACGUGAGCUGUCAGGUUGUGGAACCAACAGCGGUCGCCGAUGGUUCUUCACGAUACCCCCGUGCUUGCACUGACUGCCUAAAGAAUUACACGGGCAGGCGAAAGUACUGGCACCGCACUAUUCCUUUAUCUUCUGAUGGUUUUGCCUUGCUGAAAAUAAAAAUCAGAACUAUAAAGGAAUAUGAACUACUAAAUCAAAAGCAGAACAUGAUGGCAAAAUGCACUGAAGAUCAGUCAGAACCUGGGAACCAAUUGAAAAGUUCUAAUGUCAGGGCGGCUCAGAAAAUGGAGAGGCUCAUCCUUUUUUGACUGCAGUUUAUAGUUUGUGGAGACCUGGCGGAUACCUGUGAAGAAAGAUGGGCAAUUCCGAGAGUCAGUCUGUGCAGGAAGUCUGGCGAAAUCAAUUUUCAGCUGAAGAACGGACAUAUCUGGGUGAUAUUUUUGACAUUAUGUCUGGAUCCAAUACCACUGAAGAAACAAAGGGUGGAAAAGCUCCCAAGCAGCAGCUUACACUCAGCAUGUUAGAGGCCUAUAUCAAAGGAGCAGUAACGGGGAGAAUGAUUAUUCGAAUGUACAAUGGAAUGAGGAACAUACAUCCAAUGAAAAAGUUAAACGUCGCUGACUCUGUAAGCAAGAAACAGUUUCUUUCCUUUCUUUACUACACCAUGCGAGGCAGCGUGGAAGAAAGAAGUUUUGUCAUUCAGCAUAUGAUUUCCAGUCAACCUGACGGCCCUGUAACAGGGAGGCAGGUAAAAGAGUUCACAGAGGAUGUAAUCGUAUCAGUGAUCCACUUAUUAAAUAAAGAGAAGAUGCUAAUGGGUUGGAAGAUGGAGAAAACUGGAGAUUGCAUUUUGGGUACAUCACGUCUGACUGCUUAUCUGAUGACUGAGUUGAAGGCUAAAGGAGAAGAUCUGUCUCUGGAGCAUUUGCAGACUGUAAAACUUGGACAGGAUGCCUUAAAGGAUUGGAUGUGCAGAGCCUCUGUGAUCAUUACUUUUCUCCAUGCACUGGUUGCUCUGGCUCUUCACCUUACAAAAUCGGAGUACCAAGGUGAACUCUUCAGUCCGAACCAGGUGCUGCCACUGUGUUUGGGUAUAGAGUAUUCUGGGAUAGUUACUGUUUUGGAUAUCCCUUCUGUCAUUUAUCUCAAACCCAACUUGCCUUCAAGGAACCAGAGACAAUGGAAGCUGUUGUUCUCCUCUCAAGCCCACGGGGAAAGUUUUUCUCGCCUUUCCACUCAGAUUCUUCACAAAGGCCCAACAUUGCUGGUUGUGAAGGAUUCACUUGGAUACGUCUUUGGUGGUUUUGCCUCCUGCAGCUGGGAGCUGAAGCCACAGUUCCAAGGGGAUAGCAGAUGCUUCUUAUUUACUCUUAAUCCAAAGCUGGGGAUCUACAGCUGUACCGGAUACAAUGAACACUAUAUGUACCUGAAUGUUGGCCAACAAACCAUGCCAAAUGGACUUGGCAUGGGAGGCCAGCACAAUUACUUUGGAUUGUGGAUUGACAGUAACUAUGGUAAAGGUCACAGCAAAGCCAAGCCACGGUGUACAACUUACAAUAGUCCUCAGCUGUCUGCCGAGGAGCAUUUUACUAUCGAUACCCUGGAAGUUUGGAUGGUGGGAAAUCUCCCUGCAAGUGAACUGUCUAAGACCAAGAGUAUACUGGACACAGACCCUGAGGCUCAGGCCUUGCUGGAAAUGGUUGGAAAGACGAGGCAGGUGAUCUUAUGGUGCCACUUCCACUGAAUGUCUGCUGCUUCUGGUGUUCCUAGCCAAUCUCCCAACCAAGUACUAAUUUUGAAUCCUCUGAGUUUGAGAUCUGUUGAAGUCAGGUACCCUGAUACAGUUUGUUUAAUUUCUCUUUUAAUUGUCUAAUAUCACUAUAAAUAGUGCAGAAAUGUAAUUUUCCACUUACUACCUAUCCAAAUUUUAAAGUUUUUCAUGAUUUGUUAUGUUAUUGCACUUAACGGUUCUGGGAAGAUUUGAACAAAAUAGAAUAGAUACUCUUAACAAAGGUUCAGUAUGGGCCAAUUCCCCAAUGGAAUUGACUCCAGGCAACAUCCAUGCAAAGCUGCAGAAGAAAAUGGAAAACAGUAAUGGGAUGAAUAAAUAUCAAAGGGAGAAACCAAACAAUCAGUGAGUUUCAAUAUUCAAACUUCAUGGUUUUGUGACUGAAACACAUACAGACAGCUAUAAAUUCAGCUCAAAUGUCUUUGAUCCAAUUUCCCCUUAGUCAAAAUGCUCCAGAUUGAUUUAAAGCUAUUUGUAAAUUCUUGCUAAACUUCAAUAUUUCCUUGCCUAGUUUAAAAAUAUUUACUGAAAAUUCAGACUGUUUAAUUUGAAUUUGGUAUGAAAUAUAUUUUGAUUUUUUUGGCUAAUUACUAUUUAUUCUGUAUCAUGUAUUAAGGCUAACCAUGUUCAAUUCAUUGAUUAAUGUAGAAACAGAGUCAGAAUUGCACAGACUUUACAGGCCCUUUGGCCUAACUUGUCCAUGUGUAUCCCACUUGACCUAUUCCCGGUUUCUACAGACACCCCUAUAAAUGAUAACUGUAUUGUUUAAGCAACUUGGAAAACGAACAGAAUGGGAAAUAAUUAACUCAGAUGUCAUUGACCAAACUUGAAAUACCAACAUAUACUUAAAAAUUGGCUUGGAAGCUUAAAAAGUAAAUUGAGAUUUAAGUGCACUCCAGACUACCCGUUUUGUUGGAUAUACAGUAUAUUGAACAGUGUACUAUUAUUCACAAAUUCCUAGCUACCUUCUGAUUAGGGAAGUCAGUGUCACUCAGUGAAUAUUACUCAACUAGAAAGGAAAUCACAAUUUAAUCUGAACUCCAUAACACCUGUUGUACAAUGCAAUUCAUCUUCCUGAAAAAGUUCAUUAAUAGAAGUCAACCCAUUUUCACCUGGAAUCAGCUUUAUUAUUGCAGCAAUUGGUUGUGUCUUUCCAAGGGUGAGAACCUGUAGUCAUUUGGAGUCUUAUAUUUAAGGAGAUAAAUCUGAUUGCAAUUAGUCAUUGACCUAUAGCAAAAAAAAGUGUUUGUUUUCAUUUGUUUAUUUAAGUGCACUAGUGCAUAUGAGAGAUUAGUUUGUUAAAUAAAUCUAAAAUGGAAAACUGUACUAGUAUCAGUAAUAGUGAUCACAGUGUCCACCAGGUUCAUGAGAGAAGAUAUUAGAAAAUUUUCUGCUCUUUAACUUGUUUGAUCUAUUUGUGUCCUCUCAGAUAACUGACCUAAAAUAGUCCAGGAAGCCAUUUGGUACAGUUAUAGAAUGAUUAUAAACUAUAGCCAAGCCAGUGUAAAAAAAUAUUAAAAUUAACAAUCCUUAAUGAUUACCAAAGUUUUUGUAAAUUUAGAAACUACAGUUUAUUGAAAUGAUGCAAGGUGAGAAAAGCAAUAAGUACAUAGUUCUUCCAAAAUAUGAGCUAUCUUGAUCCGUAAAUUUUGUUUUCAAACAUUUUUGUUGAUACCAUCAAAAGAGGAAGUUGUGAAAUUGCUGGUGAAUGGAGAAUUGGACUUGCAUUUUUAAAACAACAGUACAGUAAUAGAACAGGCCUACCGACCCAUAAUGUCUGCACUGAACAAGAAACUAAUUCUCUUCUGCUUGUACAUAGACCAUAUCCCUCCAUUCCCUGCAUAUUCUUGUCAAUCUUAUACUUCUUAAAAGUCACUGUUUUAUCUGUUUCCACCACAUCUCCCAGCCACCAUAAAUCUUUGAAUUAAUUUAUCAUCUCCACCCCCCCCACCCCCAAUAACCUCGUUCUACUCUGCAGUGAUCUCUCACUUGUCCAAAUUGCCUUGCACCGUAAGAAUGCCUAUAAAUCCACAACUCUGGGAAGGGACUGAGAAACUGGGAUGUAUUCCUCCAGCAAUUGUUACAACAUUCCAUUUAGAAUGUAUUAACUUAAAUGCACUCUUUACAAACAUUUAAAAAAAACACUUGUGAGAAUUAUGGUAACAGCCUGUGGAAAUGUAUCAACAAAUAAACUGAAAAUACUUGAUGAUAAUUUUUAAAUGGCACUGGCUGUAUGUUCUAAUUACUGAUCAUGUUUCUGUGUCUGAGUUAAUGGUGGUGUUGCGGUCCAAAGUAAUAGCAAUGCUGGGUAUCAAACCGUUAUUGCAUGUUGAUUAGCAUAAACAAUUGUUCUAACUUCCUCCUUCUGCUUUUUACUUAAUCCCUCAAGUAUUUUCCAGUGUGCUUGUUUGAUUAAAAGUGCUUGGGUGAAGUUUUGUAACCAGUUUGGCAAUGUUCAUUCUCAAAAAAUGCAAGGGCUGGAGUCAAAUUUCACACCUUCAGUAUUGUAAAUGUCCAAUGCGUGAUUGGCUGAUAUGUGGCAUUCUGCACGGCCCCUUUUCAAGUCUCGCUCACUAGUCACUUGUUUUUUCCUUGCCAUUUUGUAAUGAAGAUUUGUAGAUAACAACAUUUUCUAAUCCAAUUUUGUUUAUGUAA